GAAAGCGUUCCUCACUCUGAGGAAAGCGUUCCUCACUCUGAGGACAGCGUUCCUAACUCUGAGGACAGCGUUCCUAACUCUGAGGAAAGCGUUCCUCACUCUGAGGAAAGCGUUCCUCACUCUGAGGAAAGCGUUCCUCACUCUGAGGACAGCGUUCCUCACUCUGAGGAAAGC